AUGGGAAGAAGUUGCAAUCUUCUCUUUGCUCUUUCGGUUUUCAUUCUGCUCCAUACUUCACUCUCUACUGUUCCAAAUAUUACUACUGAUGAAGCUGCUCUUCUUGCCUUCAAAUCUCACAUUUCUUCUUCUGAUCCUAACAACAUCUUAGCAACCAACUGGUCUUCUUCCACCUCUGUUUGCACCUGGAUUGGAAUCACUUGCACCUCCCGACACCAUCGAGUCGCAGCGUUAGACAUUUCUAGCAUGAAACUUCAUGGUACCAUUCCUCCACACCUUGGAAACCUCUCAUUUCUUGUUUCCUUUGACAUUAGUGACAACUCUUUCCGUGGAGAUUUGCCACAAGAGUUGGCUCAUUUGCAGAGGUUGAAACUGAUUAAUGUCACAAGCAAUAACUUUACGGGUGCCAUUCCAUCAUUUUUAAGUUUCUUACCUAACCUUCGAGACAUGUACCUUUCGAUGAACCAAUUUUCAGGGGUAAUUCCAUCUUCCCUUUCAAAUUUAACAAAGCUGAAAAUGUUGAGGUUGAAGAGUAAUUUUCUGGAAGGAGAGAUCCCUCUAGAGCUCGGUGAUCUUCGUUACAUGACGUUCUUAGACCUGUCGUUUAAUCAGCUCACAGGAUCUAUACCAUCAUCUAUCUAUAACAUUUCUCGAAUAGAAAAGAUUGAUCUCACCUACAAUAAUCUUACUGGUAAGCUUCCAACAACUAUAUGUGACCAUCUUCCAAACUUGGAACAAUUUGCCAUCUCAUUCAACUACCUAGAUGGCAUUAUUCCACCAAACAUAGAAAAAUGCAGAAAGCUUCAACUCUUGUCAUUGUCUGAAAAUGAUUUCACUGGAACGAUACCAAGAGAGUUAGCCAACUUGACAGCUCUUACAGAAUUAUAUCUUGGAGGACUGCACCUGGAAGGAGAGAUACCAGCGGAGCUAGGUAAUCUUAAGAAACUAUGGUACUUGGGAUUAGAUAUAAAUAACUUUACUGGUUCCGUCCCGGCAAGCAUUUUCAACAUGUCAUUAUUGCAGAUCCUAUCACUUAGAGAAAACAGGCUUUCAGGUACUCUACCUUCAGAUUUGGGUGGCGGAAUGCCCAGCCUAGAAGAACUUUAUUGUGGAUCCAAUAAUCUGAGUGGUUUUAUCUCUACCUCUAUCUCAAAUUCCUCAAGACUCAGAAUACUUGACCUCACAUUUAACAGUUUCACAGGUCCAAUUCCUGAAUCACUUGGUAACUUAAAAUACCUUGAGUUUCUAAACUUGGGGAAGAAUAAUUUUGUCGGUGAUUCAGCAUUGAGCUUCCUGAUAUCUUUGACAAAAUGUAGGAAACUAAAAGCUGUCAGUUUUGCAUAUAAUCCAUUGGAUGGUGUUUUUCCGGCAUCUGUUGGGAAUUUCUCUGACUCUCUACAAUCGUUUGAAGGACAUAGUUGUAAAUUGAAGGGCAUCAUUCCCGAAGAAAUUGGUAAUCUUACUAAAGUGACAAAGAUGAAUUUGUAUAACAAUGAGUUGACUGGAGAUAUUCCAAAUACUGAAAUCAAGUUUCUGGUUCCAUACCGCCAUGCUUAG